AUGAUAAGACGAGGCUCGGAGCUCUCAUUCCAUAUCGAGGACGAGUCGUCGCCAUUUUUGGAGGAGGCGGUCAGGAGGGUGGAAUCCGUCCUUUCUAGCCAGAACCGGGCAAUCUCCUACCUUGUUGGCCAGUAUCGAAAUUCCAAGUGGUCGCAAGAACAGAUGAAAGUCUCUCUCCGACACCUGAACAAUUCCCUGAAUCUCGGGGGCAAGGUGGUUGUUAGUGGUAUUGGGAAGUCGUUCAAGAUUGCUAGCAAGACCGUGGCGACUCUCAAUUCUUUGAGUGUUCAUUCAGCACUGCUACACCCUUCGGAGGCGUUGCAUGGAGAUUUGGGAAUGAUCAGAGACGACCACAACGACUCUUUGGUCAUUAUUUCCGCAUCCGGAAACUCUCCCGAACUGACUACCUUGCUGGAGUACGUUCCCGCUUCUGUUCCGGUCGUCCUGGUCACCUGUGCCAAAGUUUCGGCCCUGUCGAAGAAUCCGAAAGUCAAAGGCCUGUUUUACGCGGAAUUGCCUUCCAAUCUGUCGGAAAAGAAUUUGUACGGACUCAAUGCGCCAACGAUCUCUACAACCUUGUGUUUGACUCUGCUUGACGGUGUGAGUAUCGCUCUAUCGGAGCUUCAUAUUAAAGAUUUGGAAAUACGCAGGAAACGAUUUGGAGAUAGACACCCUGGAGGUGCAAUUGGGCUGGAUUAUUUGCAAGGACUGAACGAGGCACGGAGACCAAGUGGAUCGAACGGCUCGAACACCGACUUCUCGAACACGGAGAAGUCUAUGUCGGAUGCGUCGAGUGAAUCGUUGUACGAGCAACCAAAGCCCGAGGAGGACGAUUUCGAGGAUGUUGGCGAUAUUUUGGAAUUACCAGACCUCAAGCUGCUUAACGCGAUCAAACUUUCCGACUCCAAGGUCACGGUGGCCGAUUUACCUCAAGACGAGUUCGAAUUGCUGAAGCUCACGGCAAUCUACGACUUUCUUUUGGUGGUGAACUCUGAGGUGAGCAAGGGCGUUUCCUCCAAGACGAUCUUGGAAAUAUACAGGAAAAGCAAGCUACAGGAUGACUCUUGGGAUGAGGUUCUAUGGAAAAUUAAUGACUCUUUAACUAGACUGAGCUUAUGA